UGUUUCUGUUGUGCAGGCUGACGAAAUUAGGCAGCCCAUCCAUGGCGGUUUGAAAGCGGGGAUGUUGUUGUACCUGCGGGGAACUCUUCCCAAAGAUAUCAACAGUUUUGAAAUAAACCUGGAGGGUGGGGGUGAUCUUGCCGUUCACUUCAACCCCCGAUUCAGCGAUGGGAGAGGUGUGGUGCUCAACACCCGCGAAAAUGGCGAAUGGCAAGCGGAGGAGAAGGUCAAUGCGAUGCCCUUCCGUAAGGGGGAGAGCUUUGAGCUGGUCUUCAAUGUCACCUCAGAGGGCUACCAGGUGAACGUUGAUGGUCGUGAGCUCCACAUGUACAAGCACCGCGUACCACUGGAGCAGGUGACUGACCUGGUCAUUGUUGGGGAUGUCCUUGUGCAGACCAUCAACAUCAUCAUGGAUCAAGAGGUCAUACCAGGGUAUCCAGGUCCAGAAGAUGAACAAGGACUCAUACAGGAGUACCCAGGUCCAGGAGAUGUGAGCAGCACCCCACUUUCCAAGGCCAUCGAUGGUGGUUUGAAGCCGGGAACGUCUCUUUACUUCCAAGGAAAGGUUCACAGUGAGAUCAACAGGUUCCACAUAAACCUGGAGGCUGGGAGUGAUAUUGCCAUGCACUUCAAAGUCAAUUUCAAAUAUACUGAGCUUUUAGCAUUCAACACCCUCCUGAAUCGUGGAUGGCAAAUCGAGGAGAAGCUCGGCCAGAUGCCCUUUCGUAAGGGCCAGGACUUUGACCUACUCAUCAGUGACACCUUAAAGGGCUACCAGGUGAUCGUUAACGGUUGUAUGAUCCACAUGUACAAGCACCGCAUACCGCUGGAUCGUGUGACCUCCCUGACAGUCGGUGGAGAUGUCUCUGUGAAGUCCAUCGCCAUCAUUAAGGGCAGUACAGGUGAUGAGGUAGGAGGAGGAUCAUGGUACAAUUGGAGAUUCCUGCCGAUGAUGGAUGAACAACCAAUCUACAACCCACCCAUUCCCUACACCAGGAUGAUCCCAGGAGGAUUGACUCCAAUGAAGACCAUUGCUUUCAGUGGCAGAGUGCUACCUGAUGCCGAAUGGAUUGUUUUUAACUUCAAUGUGAGCAGUAGUGGAGACCUCGCCUUGCAUUUUAACCCGCGGCUGAACGAGGGGUCAGUGGUGCGGAACAGCUACCUGCGUGGGACAUGGGGGGCCGAGGAGAGAGAUGUCAAGUUCAACCCCUUCCGGCAGGGGCGGUACUUUGAGAUCUUGAUUCGCUGUGAGACGCAGAAGCUUAUGUUUUUUGGAAACGGGAAGCACAUGUUCGACUUUUACCACCGGUUCCAGCCAUUCACUAAGAUUGACACCCUGCACAUCAGUGGGGGCGUGCAGCUGUCCCACAUACUUCUGUGAGGCUUGCUGUUCUGAUGUCACUGCUCUGAUCUCACUGUUAUGAUGCCACUGCUCUGAUGCCCUGACCUGAUGGCACUGCUCUGAUGUCACUGUUAUGAUGUCACUGCUGUGAUCCCCUGCUUUGAAGCCCCCUCACAUCCCAGCUUUUAGUGCUACACACCCACUCCAGAGUCUUCAGCUCCCAUUCUCAUUUCUCUGCCUUCCUCUCUUUAAGGCUGUUUGUUUACUGGUGUUAGGAGCUGCGUUUCACAAAGUCAGUUAAUAAACACUAUCACGCAUUCUAAAGAUUGCCUCAUUUUUCCAAGAGAGUGUUUCAUAAUAUCCAUGGCAGUAACCACCAUAAAAGAAACUUUUUUAUUUUAUUAUUUUUAUUUUUCAGUACACCAUCAAUUAAGUUCAUAAGAGGGAAAUGUCCAAAAGAUGUGUGUUUCAGAGUGAGCUAGUAGCUGGUGUGCCACAGAACACACGUAGGGACUGUGUCUGCGUGUUCCGACCAGGACCAGCUUUAUGCAUCUACUGUAAUUCAUGGAGGGUCUUGAGUCGUGUCAUUCCCGAGACAAGCUUAACGAUUAGCUAACUUAUAACAAAGCCACUGUUAUGUUCAUACAGUUAAUACUAUUAAUCCAUUGGAUAACAUUGAUCUUAUUAGCUUACUUGUAUCUUUUAGUAAGCCAAACAGAAUGUUUCAUCGAAAGUCACUGAAUUAAGAAAACAUGUUUGUGGUGCAGAUAAUGUGUUUAAAAAUGUGUUUACAAUUGUUAUCCAAAACGUGCAAGCUGAGGAGGUUUUCUUACCCUUAGGAAAAACUCACUGCAGAAUUGCUUUUAUUUAUUUGCACAAUUUUUGUUUCCAUUAGUGGGGUAUGGAGGACAAAACGUGCCAAAAUUUAAUAAGUAAUUAAAUAAAUACGGACUGGUCUGCUACUGUCAUCACCCAUCCACCGCCCGAUCCACUUGCCCUGGGGGACAAGCUCUGGGAUCUCGAUGUCAUUCAUAUCAGCUGGCGCCACCAAGACACAUAGUACCUCAUCCGUCCAAGGCCA